CCGUCAUCCGCUGCUUGGGGAUAAACAUAAACAAAUCGAUCGAUUGCUGUCCAUCUUUCCCUCUGCUGCUCCGGAUUUAGUGCUGCUUUAUUCCACCGUUUUUUUCGCCUAAAACCUUUCUUCUGUCCUGCAUUCUACCAUGGCGAGUGGAUUCGUGACCGAGACGGAGCUGGCCGAAGCACGUCGUAAACGGCAAGAGGAAUGGGAAAAGGUUAGGACAGCCGAUCAGCCCGAAGAGGCUCCCGAGGAUGAGUAUGACCCGCGGUCACUUUACGAAAGGCUGCAGGAGCAGAAACAAAAGAAGGACAGCGAGUUCGAGGAAGCGCACAAACUCAAGAACAUGAUCAAAGGGUUAGACGACGAUGAGGUGGAGUUUCUAGAUUUGGUGGACAAAAAUCGAAUGCAGGCGGAACGGCAGGCCCACCUGGAGGAACAGAAAGAGCUGAACGAGUUUCGGGCCAAGGUUGCCACGCUGCAGGAGAAACGGUUAGACGAGCAAAUACAGCAGCAAGUGUCGAAACCGAAACCCGCCAAAGCACCGAUCAGCAGCGCACGGCUCAGCCAGAAGCAAAUUCUAGCCGGCGUGGUGCGCAAGCGAAAGGCGAAACCGGACAACGAACCGAAGGAAGAGCCGGCCGAGAAGCUGCCAGCACCGGCACCGGCCACAACCAACGGUGUGGGAGCACCGGAAGAAAAGGAAACGUCCAGCCCAACCAGCACAACGAGCAUUGCAAAGAAGAGCCCGAAUCUGGCCAUGCGGGUUAUCGGGAUACUGCCGGGCAUGGGCUCGUACGAUGAGGAUGAUUCCGACUCGGACAACAGCUCGGAGGAUUCCGAGCUAGACAAUAGCCAGGAGUACGAUUGGAUAGGGCGAAAGAUUACUCGCAAGACUUGCGAUGGGAAAUGAUUGUAAGGGGAGCAAAGCUUGAAAUUUUAAAAAAAUCCCGGGGAUUUUGUUUUGCGUUGCGCUUGCUGAAGGAUUAUUGUGAGGUUCUUAUCCUAUUAAAAGAUCCCUUUUCGAGCACGCGGGUUCCAGUUGAUUAAACAAUAAAUGUUCAAUUGUAUCGUCA